ACCAUAUCAAAUAUUUUCUUCCCCCAUAUAAUCCCAGAGCACCAUAGGCGUGGAAUCAGGAAACUGUGCGCAAAGAGUAUGGCUGCUAUAUGCGACAGUUUGACAUCAACCCAGUCGUGAUAGCGCUGCAAUCGGUGGGUUGACAGCGGCUAUUUUGGGCACCCAGGGUUGUUUCAUUCUAGAACUUUGAACUUUUGUCUUUGGGACUUCUGAGUCAUUCGCUCUUCUCAACAGCGACGGCAUUGUAGUCAGGGCCUCCAUCACCACUUUCCGAGAAUUCCUCCUCCAGCAGCAGGAAGACUGUUAUGACUGGAGUUCUUACCAAGGCUUAGCAUUGACCGCCGUCUCUGGGGAUCUGGUAUGAAACCAUCGUCUCCGUCAUCAAUGAUGUCUUCGCCGUUCCCUCGGCACUUGCAAGGGCUUAUCUCCGUCAGGCUCCCUGUUCUCCCCCGGCAUUAGUGAUUAACACAUUUUAAACGCCGCAUGUAAAGAUUUCGUCUUGGUCUACCGCCUAACCCAAGUGGUAAGUUUUAGUAAGGCUGUCAUGCGCUUGUGGCUGCUUAUUAUCUAGUCAACUCCAAAGAGCGAAACAUCGGAUGGUUUGAAUGAGCCGACAACACCAUUGAAUCCCCCAACUAUUCGAUGUUGUCGAUAAUACUUAGAUCUCCCAGCUAGCUUAAACCCAUUCGUAAGAUAUAUAAAUACCCAUGAAUAGCUUCAUUAUAUUAAAAAAAAGACCCUCUAAAGAAAGCGAUAAACUCAAACUCAACCUCAACCUCUAUCAUUUACCACCUCAAGCUCAAACCUCAAUCGAACACCACGUCUAGCUCACCAUGGGGUUCAUGGCGGCCUUUUUGUACUCCCAACUUUUUGUCACUCCGAAAUAUCCAACCGCAUCUUUCGCCAACCAGACCAUUGUCAUCACUGGUUCUAAUACCGGGCUCGGGCUCGAAGCAGCACGACACUUCGCCCGCCUCAAUGCGAAAAAGAUAAUCAUUGCUGUCCGCAAUGUCGCUGCAGGAGAGAAAGCCAAAGAGUUGAUCGAGACGUCAUCCGGUAGAGCCAACAUAUGCGAAGUCUGGGAACUUGACCUUGCAUCCUACGCCUCGAUCAAAGCAUUUGCACAACGAGCAUCGACAGAAUUGCCCCGUAUCGAUGUUCUGCUUGAAAAUGCAGGUAUAGCAACUCAUAACUACGACACUGCAGAAGGCCACGAGCGCACUAUUACCAUCAACGUGAUCGGCACUUUCCUAUUAGGCCUACUCCUCCUUCCGAAGCUCAAAGAGUCCGCGACGCAGACAUCCCCCAUGAAACCCCGCUGGUGCAUAGUGACGAGCGAGGUUCAUGCGCAAGCAGAAUUUCCAGAAUGGAAAAGCCCGAAUACGUUUGAAAAACUGGACGAUACGAAGACACUCAACAUGAAAGAACGAUACGAGGUAUCAAAACUGCUGGAGAUUCUUGUAGUGCGUGAAAUCGCACCGAAACUUGCUGAUUCAGGGGUCAUCCUCAACUUGAUAAACCCCGGAUUUUGUCAAUCGGGGCUGAUGCGUGAAUUUCAUUGGCUUGUGUUAGUUAUCAAGACAAUGCUAACGCACAUAAUGGUGCGCACGACUGAGGUUGGUAGUCGGACUCUGGUGGCUGCUGCGGCUGAGGGAGACGAAAGCCAUGGUACAUACAUGGUGGAUGGGAAGGUGAGCAAUAGGCACCUAUCAGCAUUCGUUAAGAGUGAAGACGGGAAAAUUGCGGGGAAAAAAGUGUGGGAGGAGUUGAAAGCAAUUCUGGAAAAUAUUGUGCCCGGGGUUUCGGGGAAGCUGUGAGGGUAGCGUUGGUUUUGUGCAUUCUCGAUUGUUUUGUCUCCUUGGUUGGUCUUUUGUAUCUUCAGCUUUUUGUAUCCUUGUUUUUUGUAUCUUUAGUGAAAGCGCUUUCAGUACCUAGAAUUAAUUGCUAUGUCUCCCAGCUUCUACUACCUCUUGUUAAUGAUCAUGUUCAAGAAAAUUAAUACAUGUAACUUAAUCCAAUAAUUGAGGACUCUGGUGUAACGGAGACUGACAGAGCGGCAGCCUUCCCACUCGAACGAACUUAGGCCUCCGAGAGAGGAUUCAAUCCUGGUUAAGUAAACUCAGGAGCGAGCAGCGGUCAUGUUGGACCUUGCGGGAUGUCUGAAAAGGAGUCCGAUCUCCUUCAUCGUUGCUUUAUCAAUCAGAAUACAAAUGAACAAAACAAGAAAAACUUCCUUGUCAUUCU